CGCAGCAUGGCUCUGUGUGAGUGACGCUGUGAUUGGCUGAAGAGCCGCUACGGACUGUCCGCAUCCCGCAACCAUGGCCGGGGCCGAGGGGAGCGGGGCUCUGUGCCUCAUAGUCCUGGGAAUGGCCGGGUCCGGUAAAACUACCUUCGUACAGAGACUCGCUGCCUAUCUCCAUGGGAAGAAUUCCCCUCCGUAUGUGAUCAACUUGGAUCCUGCCGUGCAUGAGAUCCCAUUUCCUGCCAAUAUAGAUAUCAGGGACACGGUCAACUACAAGGAAGUCAUGAAGCAAUACACCCUGGGGCCAAAUGGCGGAAUUGUCACGUCCCUCAAUCUGUUUGCUACAAGGUUUGACCAGGUGGUGAAGUUCAUAGAGAAGAGGCAGCAGAACUGUCGGUACGUUCUGAUUGACACCCCGGGGCAGAUUGAAGUUUUCACCUGGUCGGCCUCCGGGGCAAUAAUUACUGAAGCUCUGGCUUCCUCCUUCCCCUCCGUGGUGGUUUAUGUGAUGGACACGUCCCGAAGUACCAACCCUGUCACCUUUAUGUCUAACAUGCUGUAUGCCUGCAGCAUCAUGUAUAAAACCAAACUGCCAUUUAUUGUUGUCAUGAACAAGACAGACAUAAUCGAUCACAGCUUCGCAGUGGAAUGGAUGCAGGACUUUGAGACGUUCCAGGAUGCUCUGAACCAAGAGACGUCGUACGUCAGUAACCUGACCCGAUCCAUGAGCCUGGUACUGGAUGAGUUCUACAGCGCCCUGCGGGUGGUGGGAGUCUCUGCAGUAACCGGAGCCGGCAUGGAGGAAUUCUUUGCCAAGGUGGCAGAGGCGGCGGAUGAAUAUGAGCGGGAGUACCGGCCGGAAUACGAUCGCCUACGGAAGGAAGCUGAGGAACAGCAGAGGAAGCAGCAGAAGGAGCAACUUGAGAGGCUUCACAGGGACAUGGGGUCAGUUGCGCUGAAUGCUGGGCCGGGUGCAGGUUUAGAAGUGGCCGGUCCCUCUGAUCUGAUCCUCACGCGAGGGAACCCGGAGGAGGAGGAGGAGCCAGAGGACAGUGACACCGAUGAUAUUGACCAUUCAGUGGCUGAGGAAAGGCUGGAGGAACCGGCGUUCCAGAACUUCCUGCAACAAACCCAGAACAUGUACCGCAAGAAGACUGGCCAGUGAGGCUGCCUGGCAACACAAACAGGAAGUGGAGCAAGAAACAGUGUGCUGUGAUUGGCUGAUGCAGUCGGCGUUAAAGAUGGGAGGACUUGCCCCUCCACCAGGAUGGGGCACCACAGACUGGUUCUCUGCUUCUUACAGCUGUGCAGUAAAUGGGCGCCCUGAAGCCUCGCUCCUGGUACUGAACCCCUCCUGAAUAGAGGACAAUGGACUCCCCCAGGCUGGGGUAUUUGUGUUUUACCCAGCACAGGGGCACUUAUACUGGGGCACUUGGGCACAAACAAUAGUGAGUCACACCCUGGCCUUGUGUGUUGUGUAUAUCAGUAUAAAGUAUGUUCAGCCAAUCAGAAGUCACUGUCCUACUCCAACAAACCCAUUCAGCCCCUGGUACUGGGAAAAGGAAUAACAGAUCUCUCGGUACCAGAGACCAGAGAAGUCCAUUAGCGAUCCAGGCCGAGUGGUUCUGGUACCAAAUGGGCUGAGGGUGGGGCAGGGCUACAGUGUGUUUCAGAUUUACAUCCUUUUCUAAUAGAUGUGUUUGAAUUGGUUAUUGCCAGCUUCUUUGUGAUUGGCUCCCUACUGUCCAGCUACAGCCACACACACUGAUUCCCUUUGCACAAGGCUGUGUUUAUGAGAUUUCCCCCCCACUAUUCCUGUGUUUGUGCCCCCCUGUGCGCCAGUGUAAGUGCCCCCUGGUUAUAUCCGCACCCCGUUAUUUGGGCCAAUGAUAUUAACCCCCAACAGGUUGUAACUGCUGUUCCCUUUAUAUUGUGUAAAUGAACCUGUUCUACCCAACUAGAUUGGAUCAGUGUGUCUAGAGGCGGGGCUAUCUCCUGGCUCCUCCUUUCCCAUGUACCCCAAUUGUUCAUACCCAGCCCCUUUGCUGUAAAUUAAAGGAAAACACCCCAAAAUGAAUACGUAACCAACAGACUGUUUAUAUUUUGUUGUGACUUAUUAAAGAAUAUUACCAAA